AUGCUCGAAGAUAUUGCAGCGAAAUAUUCCAAUGUUGAAUAUCAGGAUGAUUUUGAACUAUUUGAAAAAAUGGCCGAAGAGUGGCCUGCUCACAAGGUAGAUAGAAACAUAUCUGGACCAUAUGGUAAUUUACCCGUACUCCAUUGGAAUGACACACACAUUAUUGCUCAAACUCUACCCAUAGCUCAAUUCAUAGCACAUAAAUUCGACUUGUACGGUAAACCGAAACCAAUAAAUGAAGAUCCUAUGAUUUUUCAAGCUCUUAUCGAUGGUGUUGUCUCCUGCGUCUACACUGAUAUUGUGCUUAAUAUAGCCAUGGUCCUCUAUAAUGAAGUGAAUUUUGACGAUCCAAACGAUCCAUAUGCUCGACUAGUGAAAAAAAUUGUUGAUGAUUUCAAGGUUUUGAAUAGUCUUCUGACAAACAGUUCAACAUCGUUUUUCUACGAUCAAGACGAACCAACUAUUGCGGAUUAUUUUGUAUUUUAUGCAUUUACACUAGCAAAAGAUUUUUAUUUUGCUUUGCUGCCAGCUGACGAGGACACACAAGCAUUGAGUAAACUCGAACAGAUAAUGAGAGGCCGUCCAGCAUUGGCCAAAUAUUUUAAUGAAGGUCGUCUAUACAACCGAAUUAGUGGCUCGCCGACAGAAGAACAAUAUCGAGCGAAACUUGCUGCGAAGAAAAAUUGA